GGAGUAUACCUUCUACACUCUCCUUGGUUUAUGUCCCAGUGUUCUUUUAUGAGCCGUCUAUCAUCAAAUACAACGAAUGUGAUAUAUGAAAAAACAAAAUGCCAAUAAGUGUUUUUGCUGAUGAAUCAUUGCGGUUAUCUUGGUUUAUCUAUUUACAUGAAUCAGAUUUAUUAUUACACGGAAUUAUUAAAUUUACAUUGAUGUGAUUUAAUAUAUAUAAGCGCCUCUCAAACAUUUCGCGCAACCAUAUCAUAGUUUACAAAACGAAAUAUUGUAUGUGCCAGAAGAGUUCUAGACGAAAGUUACACCUUAUCGAACAAUGACGCAUUUGCGAAACACUUGAUUGACUGAUUUAUCUCAGGUUUUUAAGGAGAGUCACAUUUAUAAAUUGCAAUUACUGCCACAAAAAGAGGAUGUCAGGUGGAGAAAGAAAAAAACGUGCAUGUGACAGAGGGCAAGGUUGGGAAGAAGCAGGUGCUGAGUUUUAUCAAGAACGAUAUCCUGCAGCUAUUGAAGCUGAUUUACAGCAAGUUUUACAAAGAGAUCCUUCCCAUAUAGCCACUUUAUUACCUAGUAAAAAAUCUCGUGUUGCUACUGCCAAACGAAUACGUAAUGAUACAAAGACAACAUUAAGAAGGCGUACCAGCACAAGAUCACGUGGUACAACUACAUCAAGACGUAUGUCAACAAAUGUUCAUGAUGCAGCAGUAUCGAUGUUGCCAGACUUGUCUGAGAAUUUAUCAAAUGAAGAGCGUACUUGGGAAGAAAUAAUGCAAAUAAAAGCAAUGCCUAUAUGCAUGACACAAAAGAUACAACUAAAAAAUCAGUUACAAAGUGCUACAAAAUUAAGGUUGCAAGGUUUCGAACAAUUGAAAUGGCAACGAAGAAAAGCCUGGCAACAAUUUCGUAUCAGAAUGAAGGAAGCAUAUUCAAAAAUGGAAUUAUGGAAUGAAAGUUUGAAAACGAUUGGAGGAAAUUUUGGAAUGGGGAUAGUAGCAUACUUUUUAUUCGUCAAAUGGUUGAUGUAUCUUAACAUUUUCAUAUUUCUACUUAUGUUCUUAUUUAUCGUAUUACCUGGAAUAGUAUUUGAAAUGCCAGAAACAGAGCCAUGCAUAAAUUCUAAUAACAGUCACAGCAUACCCUGUUGCUCAGAGUUAUAUUGGAAUAUAACUCAAGGCAGUAGUAGUAUAACAGAUUUUGUACAGGGCACUGGUAUUUUGGAAUACACUUUCUUAUUUUAUGGUGCAUACACUCAUAUGUCUUAUGAUGCUUCUGACAUAUUUUAUAAUUUACCAUUAUCUUAUAUUUGUACUAUUAUUGGUGUAUUUAUCUUUAGUUUGGUAGCAAUUGUUAAAUCAGCUGCUAAAGGUUUCAAACAGAGAGUUAUUGAAAAUGAAGGUCAAUUUUAUCAGUAUUGCAACCUAGUUUUUGGGGGUUGGGAUUAUUGCAUACACAAUGAAAAGUCUGCAGGUGUAAAACAUAAAGCAUUAUAUAAUGAAAUGAAAUCAUUUUUAGAAACUGAAAGAUUGGAAGAAGAAAGACAAAAUAGAACAAGAGAAGAGAAAACAAAAUUUUUUCUUAUGCGUUUAUUUAUUAACUUAAUUGUUGUUACAGCAUUAUUAGGCUGUGGUGUAUUUAUUUAUUAUGUGUUUGAAUUUUCCUUUGAUCAAGUUUCACAAUCUACUCAAAAUUACAGUCUAGGACACAUAUCAUUAAACACAAUUGCUUUGUUAUUUUUUGAGUUUCUCCCGUACAUUUGCAUUGUUGUUUUAAAUCUUGCUGUGCCCUUUCUAUUUCGGUAUUUAGUUACUCUAGAAAAUUAUAGUCCACCAUUCGUUGUGCGUAUAACUCUUUUCAGAACAAUAUUUCUACGACUAUCUUCUCUUGCCGUAUUACUUACAUCAUUUUAUAGAUUAAUUACAAGUGAAGUACUAAAUAACGAAUGCACUAGUAAUCGUCGACCAUUAUGCUGGGAAACGUUUGUGGGUCAACAAUUUUUUAAACUUUAUAUAACUGAUAUUUUUCUUCAGUUUAUCAUGACAUUUUUCGUUAAUUUUCCUAGGUCAUUAAUAGCGAAACAUACAGAAAACAAAGUAUUACGAUUUUUUGGGGAACAAGAAUUUGAUUUACCUAAACAUGUAUUAGAUGUAGUUUAUUUACAAACAAUAUGUUGGCUUGGUUGUUUCUUUGCGCCCUUACUGCCAUUAGUUGCAAUAAUUGGUACUUUUAUCUUGUUCUAUAUCAAGAAAUUUGCUUGCUUGAUAAACAGUACUCCAUCAAGUAAAAUUUAUAGGGCAAGUAAAUCAAAUUCACUUUUCAUGUUUAUUUUAUUAAUUUCAUUCAUUUUAUCUACAAUCCCAAUUGGAUAUUCCAUCGCAGAGAUAAUGCCUUCUAAGUCUUGUGGCCCUUUUAGAGGUCUUAAAUCAGUGUGGGAUUUACUAAUUACUAUGUUUUCAGAAUUUCCUAAUUGGAUUCAAUCAAUACUAUAUUUUGUUAGUACUGCUGGAUUUGGUAUCCCAGCUUUUUUUGUUCUUAUUCUACUUUUGUAUUAUUAUUAUGCAGUAUCAGUAGCAAACCAACACAUGGUGAGAGUUUUGAAGAAUCAAUUGGUACUAGAAGGUCAUGAUAAGCAAUUCUUACUUAACAGGUUGAGUGCUUUUAUUAAGCAGCAACAAGACCAAAACAAAUAUCAUCAAGAACAAACAAAUGAAUUAGGCACAUUUUCAUAAAGAAUUAUGAAAGGCAAAAUAAUUUUCAUUUUGCAAUUUAAAAAUCUACAGUCUCAAUAAAUAUAUAAUAUAAUUAAGUAAAAGCUAUAUACAAAUCAUUAAAAUUUGUAUAAUUUUUGUUGGUAUUUUGUGUGAUAAGAUUGUAUGACCAGGUCCUUUUUUAUAUAUUGAAUCAGUAGUAUUUCAAACAGUUUUAUUCGUACAAUUAUGUGUAAUUAUGUAUUAAAUGACUCCAGUACAGGGUUAUAGAAAAAUUUCCAAUGUGGACAAUAUAAGGAGUUAUAUGUAUUUUAUGUUGCACAAAACAAAUUUUGUGUUAACAAGUAUUAUAUUUAAUACGAAAUAUUUUUUACAAAGUUUUGUUAGUUAAUUAAAAUUAUAUUUAGUUAAUUAGGUAAUUUUAUAUAUGGUAAAGAAACACCUAAAAAUCAGGGUACAAAAUGAAAAUCGUGCAAUAGUAGAAGAAAUUACAAAUUAUUUAUUGUGUAUGCAUAGCUUUAGUAACUAUAACAAAAUUUAUGAUACCUUAACACAAAGUAAGAGUAGGAAGAUAAGAAAAUUCUUUGGAGAAUAACUUCUUAUGUGGUAAGCAGAAUAAUCUAUUCGCUUUUAUUUUCGUAGUAUUACAAAAUAUCACAAAUUUACUUCUCAAUUUUAUAAAUGAAUAAUUGGGGUGCUUGCGCUAAACUGAAGUAAAGUGAUAUAUGGUGGACCUAUUUUUAGAUUAGCUGUGUAUUAGAAUCAUGAUACAGUUGUACAUAGAAUUUGUAGGUUGAUCACAAGACUUUGAGGACUAAGAACAUAUUUUAUAGUAGAAUAUUUCAUACAUAUGUAUUAAAAUAUUUAUCACCCAAUAGUAUUUUAUUUUUUACUGAUGAUUUAGAAUUGGAAAUUAGUUUUAUUUUCUUAUAUUAAUUUUUUUAAAGUUGUAUAACUUUGAAAGUUGUAAUUAAUACUACUGUGUACGUUAAUUACAAUUAAUACUGUUUCUAUAGUUUUUAUAACUUUCAAUAUUUUUAUAUUCAGAGUAUAUUGUUUGUUUUAUGCUUCCAUAGGAAAAGUGCUAUUUUCUCUUCUAACAACACUGCCAUUGUACAUGCGAACAGAAUUAUAUAAACUUUUAUAAACGUAUAUGCAUGUAUAAAAAAUACUGGUAGGAAUUAUGCAUGUAAACAAUAUUUCUUACAAAUAAUCAUUACAAAUCUAUAGAACUGCCAAUGUACUUUACAUAGUUUCAAGAAUU